GCUGAGCGGCCCGCCGCGCCCGGAGCUGGGAGGGGGUCCCCGCCGCGCAGGAUGCUGGGGGUCUCCAAACGGCGUUGUCGAGAUCGUGGCCAUUAUAGACACUGGACCUCACAGACCUGUGUCUGGUGUUUGCAGAUCCCCAGCCCGUCCUGACUAUUGGUACCAUGGCUUCCAUCAAUGACUUACCCAAUAAUAUCCUUCUGGAGCUGUUCUCCCUGGUGCCAGCCCGGCAGCUCCUGCUGCACUGCCGGCCAGUCUGCAGCCUGUGGAGGGACCUCAUCGACCUGGUGUCCCUGUGGAAGCUGAAGUGCCAGCGUGAGGGCUUCAUUCCCAAGAAGUGGGGCCAGCCUGUGUCUGACUGGAAGGUUUUCUACUUCCUCUGCAGCCUCCGGAGGAACCUGAUCCGAAACCCCUGUGCUGAAGAAGGCUUUGAAUUUUGGACCCUGGAUGUGAACGGAGGAGAUGAGUGGAAAGUGGAAGACUUGCCGGGGGACCACGGGAGGGUGUUUCCCAACUCCCACGUCAAGAAAUACUUUGUCACGUCUUAUUACACCUGCCUCAAGUCUCAAUUGGUGGACCUGAAAGCUGAAGGAUAUUGGGAAGAGCUGAUGGACCGGACUAGGCCAGACAUUGUGGUCAAGGAUUGGUUUGCUGCCAGACAAGACUGUGGCUGCAAGUAUCAGGUCUGUGUACAGCUCCUGUCUUCAGGGCAUGUGCCUCUGGGCACCUUCCAGCCAGAUCCUGUUGCCAUCCAGCAGUGGAGUGAUGCCAAGUGGAGAGAGGUCUCCCACACAUUCUCCAACUAUCCACCUGGUGUUCGCUAUAUCUGGUUUCAGCAUGGAGGAGUAGACACACACUACUGGGCAGGCUGGUAUGGUCCCCGAGUUACCAACAGUAGCAUCACCAUUGGUCCCGAGUUGACCUGAGUCAACCCACAGCCCACCACUGCUGUACCCUGACCUACUGCUCCAUCAUCCUAGGUCCUCCUUCUUUGCACUGCUGUUACAGUCAACUCUCAAUUAUCCAGGGACUGUGAGCCUGACAGGUACAUUAUCCAGGCCCCUCUCCAUCGCAUGAUGAUUCCUGGUUGCCAUCGGAGCAGCGUGAUACAUUGGAAAGAAAUCACUGGACCUGAAGUUAGGAGAUGUGGGUUUGAAUUCUCAGCUCUAAUGCUUCCUGUGUGACCUGGAGCCAAGUCAC